AAAUGUGAAGUGUUUUAGUUAAUUGGUUUUGACAGACAUACUUAGGACCAUGUAAAUAGGGCUAAAUAAUCGACUCUCAGAUUAUUAAAAAUGGGGAGACAUGUAGAAAAUCAUACAUGUUUAUUUUUUAUUUUAGCUUUUCUGUUUUGUUUCGUCUCUGGAGAAUACAAAGCUUCAGUUGACGAUGAUUCUGACGAUGAAUCUAAAGCUGUCACUCGCAUGGAGGCAGAAAACUCAUUGUUCCAGUACAUCGCGGACCCCGCCAUAUACCAGCGGCUGACCGUGCCUAGAGGAGAAGACGGCGCCGUCACCGUCCACCACGCCCUCUUCCUCAACCGCAUCCUCGACGUAGACGUUGAGCGGCAAGUGUUGACGGUGGACGCGUGGCAGCGGUGGACGUGGCCUGAUGCACGGCUGGGUGAACUGCUGGGAGCCGCCAACAUCGACAAGCUGGAAGUCCCUGUUGACCUCCUGUGGAUCCCCGACAUAAUCCUGUAUAAUAGUGCAGGUAAUCCCGACAACGUGUAUCAUGUGAAGGCUCGGGUGUCAAACGACGGUAACGUGACGUAUCUUCAUCCGGCUCACGUGCAGUCGUUUUGCAGCAUGCCGGACGCUUUUUCAAAAAACGAAAUAUUGUCGUGCAAGCUGCUGUUUGGUUCCUGGGUGUACGACAGUUCCACUCUCAAGCUGUCGGCAGACGACCACGCCCAGCUUGACCUGUUUGCGGACUUUGAUCGAGAAUGGGCUCUGGUCGACACAACGUGUGCUCAUUUUGAGUUGAACCGCUACAGUGUCGCGGUAUAUACGCUGAAUCUUAACAAAAAGUAAACUUCAAAAUCACGGAAAUAAAGCAUUGGAAGAAAAAACUACAAAGGCUCUUUAUUUAUUUUUUUUUCAAUUAUGAAACUAACUAGUGUUUCUUAAAAAAUAUAGGCUUCCGUAGAUUUAUGUUCAUUCAUCAAUCAGAACGCUUUAGUUCAGUGCCAGACUGCGAACCGAUUGUGUAUCCAUGUUAGUUCUUACAAAGACCAUAACAGACAUUUGUCCGUGCCUAGUAUGUAGUCGAUUAAAGUCGAUCUGGGUUCGUUUAUUAUCACAGAAAAGCGAAGGAGAUAAUGCAUGUGCGUGUGUGCGUGCGUGCGUCCGGGAAAUCUUGUCCUAAGCUUUACUUGAAAAGUCUUUGAGGUAGGUAUUGACUUUAAAUUUUAUUUACAGAUAACUGUCAUUGAGGAGAAGUGCAGUGCACGGGAACCAUAACUCUGGCUGCAGUAUUUAUUUCAGUUAAUGCCCUUCGUUAACUUUGAUAAGCAUUGCUUGUCCGGAGUCUACCCUGAAAAGUAUUUGAGGUAUUUAACUAAACUAUAUACAGAUGUUUAUCAAUGAGUUGAAAUGCGGGGGGGGGGGUAUAAAUCGAAGUGUUUGAUGCAUUUACUUCGAACAUCAUUCACAGAUGGGCCAAGUUCAGUGCACUACAACAGUAAAUCAGGGUGCAGCAUUUAUUAAGAUAGUGUAUAUUGUUUAAUUAUAAUCCUUUGUCGUAAGACGAAGUUGAUACUGUUCCUACUUCU